AUAGAAAAUGAGAGUCGAUAUUUAAUGCCAGAAAUCUCAUAACAAACUUCAUUUGUGAGUGAGUUCCGAAAUUGCGUCUGAAAUUUUUUUUUCCCGCGCAGGGGGAAAUGUUUGAUUCCGGGAUGGCAGCUGUAAGCUUAAGCAUAAACGGGCAGCCGGCCGUCCUUCUACAGCCCGAUACUGUUUACCGCAUUGGGCGCAAGGAAGCAUAUGAGUUCUGUGUCGCCGAUGAAUCCAUGGAGCUGUUGCAUGCUUUGGCAAUUGUCUAUCGAGCGGGUGUCCUUCGCGUGUUUGCGCUGAUGGGAAAGGUAUUCGUGAAUGGCCUGGAGAACGGCAAUGUGGACAUCAGCCGAAAGGAUGCCAUCGAUGGAAAGGUAAAGUUACGCUUCGGUAAUGUGGCAGCCGAAGCGCAAAUAAUGGAACCUAUUCAGCACCAUGAUAGCAGUGGAUUCGGCGAAUCCCUCAAGGACACAUCCGUCGAUACAACAUCAGACAGUCUCGUUAUACCAGAAACGGAGGUGCAGUCGGUCAACACAAGUGCUAAUACAACGGUUGGUAGCUUUUUUGUACCCGAAACCCAAGCUGUGGUCUUUGAUAAAGGAGUCUCGAAGGGCGGCAAAGUUUCGCUGGGCGAUGACUUCAUGAUACCCGAGACGCAAGAUCUCCUUAGUACUCCACCAGUUGUUGUCCACAAUGAGAAAUCCAAUUCUAUCGAUGAAGAUGCCUCUGAAAUGGGCACGCAGAUACGCAUUUGCACCCAGGAAUUCAAUAAUUUCGAUGAGGAUGCAUUUGAUGACUUCGAUUCAUCUAUGAUAAUGGGAGAUUCUGUGACGGCACUAUCGCUUCGUCAGCGCAUUGAAAACAAAAACAAGCAGGAUGUCGAUGAAAAGGACCUGGAACUGAGUGCCUUAAAUUGGUCUGCAACUAAUCCAAAAUGCACUGUCUUGAAUAUCACCAAGGCGGGAGAAUUGUCUCCUCGGGAACUUGCUUGUAUUACACCAGACCUAUCCGGCCAGAAUCCAUCUCAAAAUGCAGGAAAUUGUACUCCUGAUCUAUUUGAUUUGAUGAAUGCUGGUAAUGUACUGUCCGAGAGAUCCGCCACACCAACGCUUUGCGGGCUAAAGCAGUUGAUUGUGGCCACCAUAGAGACACCAACAGCAACUCCUAUCGAAGUGGAGGACAAAGAAAAUCAGGACUUUAUUGUCACUCCGAGCAAAGAGCCAGCAAGCGAAUCUCCCAAAAAUGGCAACGAAAAUAACGAAACUAAUCAGGAUUUCAUUGCCACUCAGCCGUUUCCCUUUCACUUAAAGCGCAAGCAAGAAAGAUUGCAAGCAACCGAAUCUCUUAAAGAUCGCCCUGAUGGCGAGCUCAUAAAUCAGGAUUUCAUAGAAACUCAGCCAUUUCCUUCGAAGCUCAAACAAAAUGCCUGGAAAGCAGCCGACUAUCCUAAAGACCGCAGCUAUGAGGAGGAAACUAAUCAAGAUUUCAUUGCCACUCAGCCGUUCCCCUUAUGGAAGAAGAAAAAUAGGAACGCAGCUGAAUCAACUGAAGAACACCGCGACAGUGAGGACAAUCAAGAUUUUAUAGCCACGGAGGCAUUCCCCUCGAUAAGCAAGCAAGCAAGUAAGAACACUCCAGAAAAUAAAGAGAACAUUCCAGUUGAAAAAAAUGAUACAGAACCCAAAGCUUCUACUUCCAAAGACGCAAAAAAUUUGAAUUCCCGUACAUAUAAUGAAAUCAUGGAGAUACUGGACAAAAUGGCUGCAGGCCUUCCACAGCCGCCUGAUGAUCCAAACGAACCUCAAAUUAAGUUCGUUGAACCUUCCAUUAUUAUGGAUGAAAACUAUAAUGCUAAGGUUGCCCGUCUAGAAUCCAUCUAUCCGGACAGGGACAGCAAGCGGCUUUGGGGUUUACCGAAAUUACCCGAAGUCUUGAAUAGCCGCAUAGCCGGAUCGGAGUCACCUCCACGUACUACAAGAAACGCAUGUCAACGACGCCUUUCAGACGAAUCACCCAGAAUUGAGCCCAGAAAACGGCCAGCGGCUGCAGAAAACUCACCCGAACCUAAAAAUAAGAUCAGCCGUCUACCUUUGAAUUCGUUCAUUGAAGAAGAUGAUAAAAAGGCAGCUGACAAGGAGAGUACGCCGGAAUUGGUGGUCAGUAACACACAGCUCGAUUCUGCUUCGCAUUCCAAAGUAAAGAAGACAACCGGACCCCAAAAAGAGGAACAGGCAUCUGACAUGGAAAGUUCACCGGAAUUGGUGGUCAAGGUGCGGCCGGGUAGAUCAAAGAGGUCGACUAGCACACAGCUCGAUUCUGCUUCACAUUCCAAAGUAAAGAAGAAAAUUGAACCCAAAAUAGAGGAACAGACAGCUGACAAGGAAAGUUCAUAUUCCAAAGUAAAGAAGACAGUCGAACCCAAACAAGAGAAACAGGAUGUUCCAGAUGCACCACGCAGUCGAUUAAGAAACGCAAAAACAAUCGACAAGAUUCAGGAAAAGGCAGCCAAAAUUGGGAAUACACCCGAAGAAGGAGUCGUUGAAAAGAUAGCAAGCAAGCGAGUAGGAAGACCUAGAAAGAUCAAAACACCAACAUCAACACCGCAGGACACCAUACAGAGUAAGAUAAAGAAGGAGAACCCACCAGAGAAAGAAAAUGCGAAUACUAGUUCAGUGGCAAAACGGAGGGUGGGCAGACCUAGGAAGUCCCAAAAACCAACAGAAGAUAAACCAGAACUAAAAGUGAGAAGAAGUGAGACAUCAUCUACAACAGAUAAGAUCACUACGAGGAACACGUCCGAGGAGAAAGCUAAAGGAGAACCACAAUCCAAAGCUGCUGAAACUCGAGAAUUUCGGGAACUUGCUUGUAUUACACCAGACCUAUCCGGCCAAAAUCCAUCUCAAAAUGCAGGAAAUUGUACUCCUGAUCUAUUUGAUUUGAUGAAUGCUGGUAAUGUACUGUCCGCAAAAACAAUCGACAAGAUUCAGGAAAAGGCAGCCAAAAUUGGGAAUACACCCGAAGAAGGAGUCGUUGAAAAGAUAGCAAGCAAGCGAGUAGGAAGACCUAGAAAGAUCAAAACACCAACAUCAACACCGCAGGACACCAUACAGAGUAAGAUAAAGAAGGAGAACGCACCAGAGAAAGAAAAUGCGAAUACUAGUGCAGUGGCAAAACGGAGGGUGGGCAGACCUAGGAAGUCCCAAAAACCAACAAAUAACAACAACAAAUAAACCAGAACUAAAAGUGAGAAGAAGUGAGACAUCAUCUACAACAGAUAAGAUCACUACGAGGAACACGUCAGAGGAGAAAGCUAAAGGAGGACCAAAAUCCAAAGCUGCAGAAACUUGAGAAUUGGUCAAAAAAGAGCAAGGGUGUUCUCCCGUUUUCCACUUUGAAGAAUAAAUAUUUUUGAGCCCUUGUGGAACCUGUA